AUGACACUUAAAGGGCAUACAAGGCCGGUUCGAGAUGUUCACUAUGGAUAUACCUCCGGUGGGAUUUUUCUGGCAUCCUGCAAUCACGAUCUUACGAUCAAGUUGUGGAAACCGGCAGAUGGCUACAAGAACUUCCGGACUCUGCUAGGUCACGAUCACAUUACCAGUGCUGUCCGUUUCAUAUCUACCAGAAAUCUUCUUGCUAGUGCAAGCAAAGAUGCCGAUAUCAGGUUAUGGGAUGUCAUGAAGGGACACUGUGUCAAAACGAUCCACGGGCAUACUGGGUGGAUACGAGAUAUCUCCCCAUCGUUUGACGGGCAGCUGGUUCUUUCUACUGGUGAUAAUAUGACCUUUCGGCUUUGGGAUAUUUCUACCGCCAACCCAGCAAGUAAGUUGAUAGCGGUUGGCCACGAGAAUUUCAACAUGUGUUGUGCAAUUGCGCCAUCGGCACCUUUUCAAUAUCUUGCGCCAUUGGUUGGGUUGAAGAGUUCAACGAGCGCUGCUGAUUUUAUGGCGACGAGAUCGCGUGACAAAACCAUUAAAUUGUGGGACUAUCGUGGGGUCUGCAUUAUAACGCUGGUCGAUCAUGACAAUUGGGUACGCGCAAUUGUUUUCCAUCCUAGUGGACGUUAUCUGCUUUCUGUGUCGAAUGACAAAACUCUAUGUUGCUGGGACUUAAGCCAGCAAGGCCAGUGUAUCAAGACUCUCCGAGAUACGCAUAGUGGUCUUAUAACUUGCCUGAAGUGGGUUCCAGCUAUUGUGAAAGAUUUACGCACCGGCUCUGAGCAGCCUCUGAGAGAUAGAGACCUGCCCGAGGUGCAAAUCCGGUGUGUAAUGGCCACGGGAAGUGUGGACCAGAUGAUGUAUAUUUUCGCCGGGUAG